CCGCAGCGCUGGAUGGAUGGCGCCGGUGGGGGCUGCGUGGAGCCGAACGGAGCGGAUACGCCCACGGCUCAGCCUCCUCUCCGCCGUUAAAUCACACGGUGGGACACGCGAGCGGACGGAGACUGGCGGCGACCGCAUCCGCGGGCAUGAAAGGACAUGGGAGCGUCUGGCCGGCCCAAACAACAUCCAUCUGACAGGAUCCGCCAGAGGACGACUUGCCAAAGGACGAGUGACAAACAGAUGCCAGCAGCGGCUCUGGCAGCGAGCAGGCGGAUUCUAAAGAAGUAAAGCACGGCUGGAGAGGGGCCGGCUUGUAUGGGGGCCAAAUCCACCUCCAAGUCAAACCGCAUCGCCUCCAUCCAUCGCCUCCGUCCUUCUCCUCCCUCCUCUUUUCUCCCAUUCGCCUUCUGUCACUCUCAUGGGAGUGACAUAGAAGCCGGCGAGGGACCGGGGGCGUCCAGGUAGUGAUGUCGUGGAAGAGGAACUACUUUGCGUCCGGCGGCGGAGCGGUCGGCGGGCUGCAUGGGCUGACGACCCCGAGAACCAUGACCUCCAUCGCGCCCAGCAAAGGCCUGAGCAAUGAGCCGGGACAGAACAGCUGCUUCCUGAACAGCGCUCUGCAGGUUUUGUGGCAUCUGGACAUCUUCCGCAGGAGCUUUCGCCAGCUGACCACGCACAAAUGCAUGGAGGACUCGUGCAUCUUCUGUGCACUCAAGAGCAUCUUUGCCCAGUUCCAGUUCAGCAGCGAGCGCGUGCUGCCGUCCGACGCACUGCGGAGCGCCCUGGCUAAGACCUUCCAGGACGAGCAGCGCUUCCAGCUGGGCAUCAUGGACGACGCCGCUGAGUGCUUUGAAAACCUUCUGAUGCGCAUUCACUUCCACAUCAGCGCCGAGAGCCGAGAAGACAUCUGCACGGCCAAACACUGCAUCCCGCACCAGAAGUUUGCCAUGACCCUGUUUGAGCAGUGCGUGUGUACCAGCUGUGGCGCCACGUCGGACCCGCUGCCCUUCAUUCAGAUGGUUCAUUACAUCUCCACCACGUCCCUAUGUAACCAAGCGGUGAGGAUGCUGGAGUGCCGGGAGAAGGCCACACCGGACAUGUUUGGGGAACUUCUUCGCAACGCCAGCAACAUGGGAGACUUGCGCAACUGCCCCAGUAACUGCGGGGAGGUGUUGCGCAUCCGCCGCGUGCUGAUGAACUCGCCCGAGAUCGUGUCUAUCGGGCUGGUGUGGGACUCGGACCACUCGGACCUGGCCGAGGACGUCAUACACAGCCUGGGCACCUGCCUGCGCCUGGGAGAUUUGUUCUACCGUGUGACUGAGGAGCGAGCUCGCCAGGCAGAGCUCUACUUGGUGGGCAUGGUGUGCUACUACGGCAAGCACUACUCCACCUUCUUCUUCCAGACCAAGAUACGUAAAUGGAUGUACUUCGACGAUGCCCACGUUAAAGAGAUCGGCCCUAAGUGGAAGGACGUGGUGUCCCGCUGUAUCAAAGGCCAUUAUCAGCCGCUGCUGCUGCUCUACGCCGACCCCCGUGGGACGCCGGUGAUACUGCAGGAGAGCGCCAGCGCCGACCUGCCGCUGGAGCUCCAGCACUGCAGCAGCAAGGCCGGCUACGAGAGCGAAGACUCAGGCCGGGAGCCGUCCAUUUCCAGCGACACCCGCACGGACUCGUCAACGGACAGCUCAAGUCACCGUGCCUGCCGCAGCCGGCCGCUGUACCAAUCCACAGGAAGCCACCUGUCCAGCGACUCUCAGACCACGGUGGUCUGCAACUACGAUCUUGGAACACCGUCGCUCGCUCCUGACGCCAGAGAGUCAACAGUGGAGGGUCCUCCCCGGCCUCCCUCUCCCCCCCUGCAGGAGUACAAGGAGACGGCCGUCUUCCUGCUCUCAUCCCGCCGGCCGCUCACCUCCUGCUCGUCCUCCUCUCGGCCCCUAUCCUCCUCCUCCUCUUCGGGGGUGGGAGGCUGCGAGAGCGGGGUCGGGGGGCCUCACUGGGAGGAUGAGAGCACCAGCAGCGAGAGCAAGUCCAGUUCCUCUGGUGGCUGCUACCGCCCCACCUGGAGGCCCCGGAGAGAAGCCCUGAAUAUCGACAGCAUCUUCUCAGGCCACAGUCAGCGGAUCUGCUCUCAGGGCUACCACACCCUGCCAGGACCUUCUUACCCGCCGCCACCCCAGCCUCCCUUCCCCUGUGUGCGGCACACCACCCCCACACUGCGAAGUUCACAACCGGUAGAGCGCAGGGAGGUCGCAGAACCGAAGGAGAGAUUUGGGCUGGUCGGACAGCCCGUGUCUCUGGGACGGACGAUGGGCCCCCCACCCCCUCCGCCUCUGAGCGGGGUGGAGCACCAGCCUCGCCUGAUACAGAGGAUGGAGAGCGGCUACGAAAGCAGUGAACGGAACAGCAGCAGCCCUGACAGGGAGGUGGGGCAACACAAACGGGCGCUUAUGUCCGGACCCUCGUGGCGCUCGGUGCCCAAGUCAAAGAGCAGCGGCGCUAUCUUGCAGGAGCUGCCCUCACUUGGCCGUCCUGGCGCCACCGACACCGUCUCAGGGCGCAGCGAGCUGGACGAGCUCCAGGAGGAGGUGGCCAGGAGAGCCCGCCAGCAGGAGCAGAAGAAGCGCAAGGAGGCGGAGCAGGAGGUGGCCAUGGGCUUCAACCCCAAACCCAGCAAAUUCAUGGACCUGGAUCAGCUCCAGCACCAGGCUGUGCUCAGACCCCCGCAUGAGGCUAGCGCUCCUAGAGGCUCGGCCGUAGCCGCGUGCAUGAGGAGCGCUGGCGGCCCGCUCAAAGGCAGGCAGGAACAGGAAAUGCAGCAACGGGAGUCAGGAAGCGCCCCCCGCCCACAGGGGCCUCACAGUGAACAGCCUGGCCCGGUCCAAGUACUGCUGACGCCCAAUCAGGAGGAGGAGGAGGAGGACCGGGCAGCCAAUCAAGACGCAGCCCCGGGCCAGGAUCCACCCCCUACGCUUCCAUCCUAUCGCCUCUCGGUGGCUCCUCCCCGUCCGGCGCUCACCCUCACCAUCGCUCACCCGUACGUCCCCACCAGUGACAGCAGCGGCGGGGUGAGGCUGUGCGAGUUGCUCCAGGCCGGGGGGGUGAGCGUCAGACCCCUGGGGAGGCACUUGGCCAUUUCCCUGCCGUCUCUCCCGCUGCGCUUUUGUGAUGCACCUGUCACGCUCCCACCUCCUCCACCGCCCCCCGUCACAAAACCUAUCACGCCUCUCUGGCAACCACCCCAGCCCGCCCCCGCCCCUCAGCCGCGGCCGCCGUCCGACGGCGCCACCCGCCACUGGUCUUGCUGGAGUUUAGAUCGCCCCGACGCCAUGGUGACGCCCUAUAACACCCCCCCGGACCGCUACGCUGAAAUCCCGCCGCAAGCGCCCAGGCCCGGUCGGCACCCCGCUCGGGGAAACAACAACAACUCCCAGCAUGCAUCGGAGCAACGCGGCGAUCCCAGCAGCUGUGACCACGAGGAGCCGGAGCUCACAGAGCUUGACACCCUUUACCGGGCCAGUCUGCAGGCUGGGAGGACGGGCUGCAGCCCGUCAGAGCGGCUCAUCUCCAGGGUGGGUGGCCAAGUUCGCUCCAGAACCCCCAACGCAGACAUGGAGAGGAGCGUGUUUGGGCCGGACGGCGCCAGCACCCCCACCUACCUCAACAAGCCAAUGAUGUUGCAGGGUCUGCGUUUGGGGGCGGGACCAGACGACGAGGGGGACAACCCGAGGCGAAUGGGACGCAGCCUUAGCGGCACGGUGGUGGUGACCCCGCGCCACGCCCGCCUGACCGCCACCCGCAGCUUUGAGUUGUCGGGCAGCGCCGGGAGUUUCUGGCUGUGUCUGACGGGGGUCAAGCUUUCCUCGGACCAGGGUCCCGCUCGGCCUCACUGAGCUCUAACGGCGCCCCGGACGAGCUCACCUCGACGGGGGCCGAAUCGGACGGACGACGCUCCUCCCCCGGAACGCCGUUCACACGCAAACACACGCACCCACACACCCGCAGCGCAACGUAGAGCCCCCCCCCCUGCUUCGGCCCCCCUCCCUCGCCCCACUAUUCUGUCUAUGCAGUCACUCUUGACCCCGAAAACCUCAAACUUGUCCUGUUGUUGCUCCCCUUACGACACUUUCUUGGGUGGUGCGGGGACACGCCGAGUAGCCACGCCUCUUCUUCUUUCUUCACGGACAUUUCCUGGCGCACACGUAGCAGCGGAAAAGUUUCGCUGGAGAAUGUAGCCCACUAGUAGCGCUUGAGUCCGCUAUGCAAGUCGAGCCUCCCCGGAGGACCACCACACAAACACCCACCCACCACCACGAGGAGAUCUCAUGUUUAAUGCUGCUGGUGAACUUUGUUGUUCUGCAUCUACUUACACAAUAGUUUCAACCAAUGGAAUGCAAAAACAAGUAGAGAAAAAAGGAGCAAGGAAUGAAUGUAAGCUAAAGGGUGAGAAUGCGAGACGAGGUUUAAGAAGCUGAUGUUUGUUUGUUUCAGACUAAGGGGGGGGGGGGGGGGGGGGGGGUUAGUAGUAGUGUUGUCAAAUAGGUUAAAAGAGGGAACCUGUAUUUUUGCAAUAAAGUUAUUACCAAUGCACUCCCACAGAGGGCAUAACCACCGUACAUGGUCUCCAUUGCUCUGUCUUUGCGUGACAAAAUACAUCUGCUGUCCAAUGAAAAGACUGCAUCGGCAAAUUUUGUGAAGUUUUUCUAGCUAAAAGAAGAAGAAGAAAAAAGGUUUUAUCUGACGUGUAAUUUUGUGUUGUAGAUUUAAAAAAUUCAAUUUGGAGAUACCUGCAUUUUAUUGGAGAAGAACACUAUGUUAUUGUAUAGUGUUGCUGUCCAAUCAAAUGCAUUCAUCUUGGAGUGUUUUUGUAAAAUUUUAUUAUUAUUAUUAUUAUUUUUUUUAACCCAAGCCAAUCCAAUAUUGGGGUGUUCGGGAAGGAAAGAAAAUUCACAUUAGGUGGUACACGCUUCUCAUUGGACAGCAACACUAUUUCAUAAUGUCGUGCCAAUCUCCAGUAAAAAGCAUGUCUCUCCACAUAUUAUUGACAAUACAGUACUCUACAAAUUGUAAUUGUUUUGUUAUAUUCUGAAAUUGUCUUCGCUUU